UCAGACAGACAGGCAGAUAGAUGAAAGUGUUGAAGGUUGUGGGACUUUUGACUCUGUUCUUCAUCUCUGUGAUUUUCUACUGCGAGUGGAUCAUCUACUACCAGGCCGUGCUUCGCUGCCACUGGCCCAAACUGAAGCACGCAGGUGAUGAGGCAACAGACGGGCUGCGGGCUCUUAUCCUGUCUGACCCUCACAUCCUGGGAAACUCUGGACACUGGAUGGACCGGCUGAGGAGGGAGUGGCAGAUGGGGCGGAGCUUCCAGACUGCUGUGUUCCUAUUGGAGCCGGAGGUUGUCUUCAUCCUGGGUGACCUGCUGCACCAUGGUUACCAUGACAACCAGCAGCAGUGGCAGCACGACAUCAGCAGGUUCCAUCAGAUCUUUCGUUGCCCUGGCAACACAGAGCUGAUUGUUGUCCCCGGCAACCAUGAUGUGGGUUACUAUUACCAGCUCACGGCAGAGAAGCUGCAGAGGUUCCAGUCGGUCUUCAACCACUCAGCCCUGAUCAGCAGGAGGGGAGUCAACUUCGUCCUGGUCACCAGCAUGGCGCUGGAUGGAGACUGCUCGGCCUGCUCAGAACAACAAGCCAACCUGAACAGCAUCAGUCUGCUGCUGAACUGCAGCACACAGACCAGAAGGAGGCGGAGCUUCUGUCGUCACAUGACCCCAGUACCACCCUCUGCACCAAUCAUACUGCAGCAUUUCCCUCUGUACAGACACAGUGACUCAGUGUGUGUUGGUCAGAACUCGUCUCAUCACCGCCACCUGGUGUUCAGAGAGCGCUACGACACGCUGUCACAGGACGCUUCACAAAAGCUGCUAUGGUGGUUCAAGCCACGCCUCCUGCUUAGUGGCCACACCCACCGAAGCUGCCUGGUUGUCCAUGGCAACCGAGAAGGGAAAGGUCACCCAGAGGUCAGCGUGCCAUCCUUCAACUGGAGGAACAGGAACGACCCCAGCUUCCUGCUGGCAGUCUUCUCUAGCUCGCUCUACCAGCUGUCAGAGUGUUUCCUCCCAGAGGAGAGCACGGUGAUCUGGGUCUACUGCAGCGCCGCCCUUCUGGCUGGGAUAGGAACAGCAGCUGCAUACACAACAUGCAUGCCUACACACACACACACACACACACACACACACACACACAGAAAUGAUGAUGCACAGUGUGUAAAUUAAAUGUGAAUGUUCAGAUUCAGAAGCCUCAUAAUGUUAUCUUUACAUAUUAAUAUUCAGAAUAUUUCAUGAUAUUAGAGACCCAUGACAACACACACACACACACACACACACAGCCCCUUACAAUAAUCUCAUGAUUCCGAGAAAAAAAAUCAAAAUUGGAAAAAGUCAGAAUUUUGAAUUUGUUAAUGCUUCUCACUGUAGAAUGACUGUAUUCCAAAUGUCUGGAAUAUUAAUACUUUUAUUUAUUUAUUUAUUUUUAUUAUUUAACUUCAUUGAGUGGGCGGCACGGUGGUGCAGUGGUUAGCACUGUCGCCUCACAGUGAG